AUGUCACAUCACACAACAGAUAUGAAGCACGCUGCUCUCUUAAUCCUCAUACUCAACAACUUCUGUGUCUUCUCACAGAUUCCCCAUGAAAUGACCUACGUAGUGGGCUGUUUUGUCCAAGGCCUGACAGAGGUUCAGUUUGAGUUUGAUGGCGAAGAGUUUUUAUAUGCCGAUUUCCCAAAAAAAGAGAUUGUCUACACUGUUCCCAAUUUUAUUUUUCCCGAUCCGAGUCAUGUUUUGGUGGGUUUGAGUAUCCUUAAAGAUGCUUUGGACAACAGGAACUGGUGUUUACUAAUUACAAAAAUUGCUGCAAUGGAAGAGAAGUAUCUGCCAGAAGAAAAAGACCCUCCAGAGAUUGUCCUCUUCUCUUCUGACAAAGUUGAGCUGGGAGUAGAAAACAGCCUGAUCUGCUUUGUGAAUCAUUUCUACCCACCUUCCAUCAAUGUUACUUGGACCAAAAAUGGCCAUCCGGUGCCAACGGGGGUGUCAGUCAGUCGAUAUUUCCCUAAUAAAGAUCAAACCUUCCACCAGUUUUCCACUCUGACAUUCACACCGAGUGAAGGAGACUUUUACAGCUGCACUGUGGAGCACUCGGCACUGGAGACACCCCAAACAAGAAUCUGGGAAGCUGAGCUCAUGAACAGUGAUCAAAGUCUUGGACCAGUUAUUUUCUGUGGAGUGGGAUUGAGUCUGGGCUUACUGGGAGUCACAGUCGGAGUAUUUUUCUUUGUAAAGGGACACCAACGACAGUAA